GCCGUCCCUAGGCAGCACCGCUUAGCUGAGAUUCCUGCACUUGACUUCAGGAUUUCGGAGAGAUAAGGCGCUUGGCCGCUACUAACUGGACUACAAAGAGCUGGAUCGGACCGGAACCACAUGGCUCAACUCGCCGGAGCCACCCGCUCCCCGCUGUCAUGGUUGCUGCUGUUCUGCUAUGCGCUCUGGAAAGCGGGUGGGGAUAUAAAUGUGCUGGCGCCCUACAAUUCGACAGGCGUCUUGGGAGGGUCGACCACCUUGCACUGUCGUCUGACUUCUAAUGAGAAUGUGACAGUCACUCAAAUAACCUGGAUGAAGACGGAUUCAGGUGGAUCCCACCCUCUUGUGGCUGUCUUCCACCCCAAGAAGGGGCCCAACAUCAACGAGCCAGAGAGGGUGAAAUUCUUGGCUGCCCAACAGGAUCUGAGGAACGCAUCUCUGGCCAUCUCGAACUUAAGUGUAACAGACGAAGGCAUCUAUGAAUGUCAGAUUGCCACAUUCCCCAGAGGCAGUAAGAGCACCAAUGUCCGGCUGAAGGUGCAAGCCCGACCUAAGAACACUGCAGAGGCCCUGGAGCCCUCUCCCACCUUGAUACUGCAGGAUGUGGCUAAAUGCAUCUCUGCUGAUGGUCACCCUCCUGGACGAAUCAUUUGGCCCUCGAAUGUGAAUGGAAGUCACCGUGAAAUAAAGGAACCAGGGUCCCAGCCGGGCACCACCACAGUUACCAGCUACCUCUCCAUGGUACCUUCUCGCCAGGCAGACGGCAAGAACAUCACCUGCAGGGUGGAGCAUGAAAGCUUAAAGGAGCCGGACCAGCUGCUGGUGACCCUUUCCCAACCCUAUCCACCUGAAAACGUGUCCAUCUCUGGCUAUGACGGCAACUGGUAUGUUGACCUCACUAACUUGGUCCUGACCUGUGAAGCUCACAGCAAACCAGAGCCUGACAUGGCUGGAUAUAACUGGAACACGACCACGGGUGACUUUCCCAACUCUGUUAAGCGCCAGGGCAAUAAGCUUCUAAUCUCCACGGUGGAUGGUCUCAAUAACACGGUCAUUGUGUGCAAAGUCACCAAUGCCCUAGGGUCUGGGCAGGACCAAGUGCACAUUAUUGUUAAAGGUGAGUAUUUUCUUGUUUCUCCAGGUCGUGCUCUGCAGUCCAAUCCCCCAGAGAGGGAGAACGUCCAGUAUUCAUCUGUGAACGGCAACUAUAGCCUGAACAUGGAGCCAAACGGCACAAGGUGACGGUGCUGGGUAGACAGAACUAAGGAACUUGAAGGCAUAGCAACUGGAACCCUACUCUCAUAAAUGAAGAAGCCUCCAGAGAGACUGGCUGCUCAGUGUGAUGAGCAUAGCAAGUUUGGGGGGUCUCCCAGAAUGCUGCCAAAUUCCACGUUGUCAAAAGGACCCAUGGAGGCCAGUGUGUUGGCUCACUCUUGACAUCUCAGCAAGCUGGGGGGGACAUAAAGCAAGGUUGAGUCUAGCUUGGGCUAUAGAGCAAAGCCCUGUCCAUACACAAACAAGCUAAGGGGCUUUGAGACGGUCAGAAACUGAAGUCUUGCUUUGGGUAAGGUAAAUCCUCUACCUCAUGUAUGUGCUAGACUUAAAAGACUUCCACACAGACCUCUUUAUAAGUUGACUCCAUUGGGGCUAUCUCCUCCUCUCUGGACAAGGUCUCUGUAUGUAGCCAAGGCUAGGCUCAAACUCACAGAGAUCUGUCUGCUUCUACCUCCCCAGUGCUAGAGUUGAAAGUAUAUGUGCCACUGCACUUUUCUAGGUCUUCUUUUACUGAAGUAAAGUAUAUAUUUAUAAAAAGCUAUAUAGUUUUAUAUAUAUAUAUUUUUGAGACUAUUUCAUAGAGCCCAAGCUAACCUCAAACUUACUAUGUAGCCAAGAGUGAUGGUAAACUAAUUUAUUUUAAUUUAUUUGUCUUCAAUUUUAAACAUCGCCCAACCCCUGCUCCCUUCCAUCUCUUCUUUCAAUCCAUUUCGUUGUCUUUUUCUUCCUAGACACUAUUCUGACUUACGUCUCCAUUACAAACAUUUUAUUGAACUACAUAAAAAUGUGUGCACCACAAAAAAAAAAAAAUGUAUUUGUCAAAAUUGUAGUUGUCUUUCUGAGGCUGACCUGACUUCUCUGAUACCAUUCUCUCCAGUUGUAUCCAGUUUCCUGUAAACAAUGUGACUUUGUUUUUCUCAGUAGCUAAAACAUCCCAAUUAUGUGAGUGUACACUUCUUUGCUCAUUCAUUCCUCUGUGGGCCACCAGCUGGGUUGGUUCCAUAUCUGAGCUAUUGUGCAUGGAAUUGUCUCUGUGGUGGGUUUAGUAAACUCCCAGGAAUGCCUGUACAUGUUUGUAGAGGCCAGAAGAAGGCACAAAAUCUUGAGCCAGGCUUACAUGCACUUGUGAGCAGCCCCACAUAGGUGCUAAGAACCCAGUUCAGGUCCUCUGCUGUGGGAUGGUGGGCUGUGCACAGAAAGCCUGGUCCCGGUCUAGCAAAGGUCUGGAACUCCGGAGCCAGUGGACUGUGAUUUCCACCAGUAUGGGAUGGAAGGAGUUCGACCUCACCUCCUGGGCACCUGGCUCCUGUCACAUAGCUACAGCCUCCCACAGCCCCCCUAUAGGGAGGUAUGCAGCAUCAGUCACAUAGUAGCUACACCAAGUCCUCCCACAUGCAAAUAAGGUUUCCCCAAACUCUCAGUCCAAGCCAAUGAAAAGUACCUGUUGUCAAACCCUGAAUUAUCCCCAAAACUCUGUAAGUCCUUUCAGGGAAUAAAAGGUGUGUGAGAACUA